CUUUAUUUCUGCCACCAGAGCAUAUAUGCUCUGUCCUAUCUUGCUUGCCAGGUUAUAUGUUGUGGACCUCCAGAAUACACCACUCAAUACACAAUAGAGUGGAGGAUCAGUGAUCUCAGCAGUAAGCUAAAACAGCAUUCAAAUCCUUACGUGAACCUCUCACAAUAUGGCAUGUGUCAAGCACAAGUAAAUGCUCUGAAGACAAUGCUGCCAGACCUCGAGCACAAUGUCAAGGAAUUCCCAUGUGGGGCACACCCUGUUAGAGAGAACUUUGUACUCUUUUGGGCAAAGGAUUUGUGUGCUUGCACUGUCCUCCUAUGUGAGGCUCUUGUUAUCAAAGCUUAUUUUUGUGAAGCUGGGGGUAUUUACUAUGCAGAGGGAGAGUGGAGAUGGCAUGGAUUCCCAUAG